AUCAACAAUAUUUUCUGAAAAUAGCAGAUUGGAAAAAAAGUCAAUAAGUAAUAAUGGAAAUUAUGAUUCCAACAAUAUUCACCUUAAUUAUAGCCAUUUACAUAACAGUUCCAGUUUUAGGUCAUGUUGAUAUACCUGAAGCUUGUGUUGUGCAUCCUUUCAGUAAAAAAUCAAUGGAUGAAUGUGAUGUUGCCGGUGAAUUUUGGUCCUUAAUGGUUUACAAUUCCAGAGAAGUUUUCAUUUGUUGUAAAAAUGAACGAGAUGCUUCAAUAGUCGCUGCCCCAAGUGAACGUAGCCGUGGACUAUAUUAUGGUGAUGCUUAUAAACUUUGUGAAACAAUUUACGUGGACCAAGAAACUUGUCGAUCUCGAGAGAGUCGUGAUUGCAAUUACCAUACAGCCACCUAUAAAAAUCAAUACAUUGGCUGCUUCUUUUGUCGAGCGAGAUGUGAAAAUGAUUACCAAUGUGGAGACCUAGGAAGAGUUUGCUCAAUCUGUAGGCCUGAGCAACCAGCAACUGCCUGUACAGAGCCUGUCUUUGCUGACCACGAACCUUUAAAGUUAUAUCAUGGACAGCCAACUCAAUCAGGAUAUAUUGAUAAUAAUUUAAAGGAAUUGGACGACCAAUUGAUUAACAGUGAAAAUAAAAGCCAAAAGGCCAGUGAUAACAAUAACAGUAAUAGGAAUGGAACGGCAUCCGGUUGACCUUUAAUGUUGAUCAUUAAUUGUUACAGAGACAAACGUGUGCCACUUUUUAUAUUGCCUCUUAAUAUUUGAUUCUGGCGAGUGGAUGCUGAUGCUGAUGAUGAUAAUGUUGGUGAUUAAGGUGAUGACAGUGGUGAUGAAUACAAGACACUCCAAAAGAAAUGAUUCAAUUGAGUGAUUCAAUUAAUAAUUUCCCGUUUGUCUAGAUAUUUACAAUUUAAGGCCACCUUUCGUUUAUUCCUUGCAAUUGUGUCACGCGUCUUCAUCUUUUUCCUGUUACACUAUUAAAUUGCCUCUUAACGGUU